AUGGACAAGAAAAAUAAUUGGAAACCAAAACGUCAUGCCGAUGAGAUUAUGCGUCCUGCAGAUUUGAAAAAGCAAAAAGUUUCUUUCUUUUCACAAAGACUUCUCUAAUUUUUGUUCAGCAGGUACAGAGGCCGAUUGGAGUAGCAGGACCUUCUUCAGUAAAUACUUCUUCCGCUUCUGCGGUAACUAAACCUAAGCUAGAUUUCCGUUCCACAACCGUUUCCAACUUUUCAAACAAACCUGUCAACUUGUUUAGCACCCAAGGUUUUUUUAAAAUUCAAAUAGCGACAAAGUUAGUUUUUGUAGCUCUUCCGGUUCAAACUCCUUCAGUCAGGCCGGUUCUUGACGACAAAUGGAACGAAUUCAGUGAUAACAUUGUUCUCGAUCAUUCUAAUUUCAAACAGAGUCUUCAGGAGGCUGUGGAACAGGAAAAAUUUAACAAGGUUAGUGGAGUUUUUUUCUACUCUGAAGUUCUCAAUAAAAAUUUUGGAGGUUGCCCGUUUAAUGACUGCGUCUCUUCACCUUUUCAUGACCAAGAAACCUGAGAAAUUUCUAGCUGAAUAUCGCAUUAUCGGAAGUCUUUUGACCACUGUUAAGAAACAUGGAUCUCGGUUACACGUAAGCUCUUACUCAGUAGUAGUGCACAAAUUGAGGUCUCCAGCACACGCCCUUACACAGAGGUCUAAUCCAAAUUCUUUGCUUGUCUCGUGGAUUCACUUCUUCUUCACAAGAGCUUAUCAUUUCGCUCAUAACAAGCCUUGUGGAGCAACAAACCGCCCUACUGGACAAGGCGUACUUGGUCGGAUUUCUGCACGACGCCAUAGGUUCUGGUUCCUCUUCUCUGGGCGGCCAGUUGAAGUGCACCUGGAUCGAGAAGGUUGUUCUGUGUCGUUUCGCGACCAAAGUCCCAUUUUGAGGCGUCCGCCAAGCGGUUAGUCGCAUCUAUCAUCCGGCCAUUGGGGACAGUCUUCCCGACUCGUGAAAUGCUCAGUGAAGCAGAAUUAGAUACGCAUUCUUCGCAUAGUUAUCCGAAUUUGGUAAGAAUAGAUUAAAUGGAAAAAUGAACAGGUUUUCAGGAAUUAGCGAAAGAACCUCCUCCGACACAGGCGGAAGUGUUCGUUGAGUAUCUUCGCCCCUGGUUUGUACUGUGUUUGGAGAUUUCUCGAGAUGAAUCGCCGUUUUUUGAAGGUUCGACUGCCUGCGCGGCGAAAAUCCGCCGAGGUCUCUGUUGAGGACUCUGGGAUGGCUGAGUGGCGUGCCCGAGGUUCGCCAUUUCAUCGCGACUCGCCUCGAUAUCUGGCUCCAAAAUCCAAAGGUCUCAACCUUCGAUCUACAUGGUUUACUGUUUUUUCAGUACCAAAGGGAUGCUCUUGAGCUUCUCCUGUUUCUCGGCUGCAAUCUGACUAUAAACAACGCUCUUGACAACGAAACUAUUGAUAUCCUACUCAAGUUGCGAAAUUUGAAGAGCCGUAAUGUAUGGAUGCAAUCAGGAAUGGAUACUAACGUUCAUCUACAGGUUUUCUUGCCUUUCUCUCUGGCGCUGCGCAAAUCGAUAGCUCUCAACACGGAAAACGUCUACAUCAUUUUCAAUUUGCUCGUGUCGAAUGAACUUGGUGUCGUCCAGAAUCGGUCAGAUCGUUUUGGAUGUUCUGACAAAGGAAAUAGCUUGCAGAACGUCUACAAAUAUCAAUAUAAUGACUUCUCUCUUGAGUUCCGUUCCUUCUCAAGCCAUGAUGGUAUGUUCUUUUUGGGCUUCUUCUUGCUCAGUCGUCGCAAAUUCAGGGAUUUUCUCGAGUCUGCGCACAAAUCCUGAUAAGAAACGAAGACAGUGCCCGCACUCUCCGAGGCUUUCUUCGCGAUUUGGUGAGUUUCGGAAUACUUUGGGAAAGAAACGUGAAGGAGUAUGCAAAAUUCAUCCCUUCGUGAAAAAGAUAAUAAUAAACUGAGCAAAACCCAAACUAACCAGUAUCCGUAGUAGGAAAUUAUAAAAUAGGCAAAGUCGGAAACGGUUGAAAAAGGCUCCAGAGAAAUGUUCCUUUUAGGAUGAGAAAGGCUCCUUUUUUACUGUCUUUUGGGCCAUUUUAUCGGCUCUCAUGGACCAUUUUUACUGUCUCUUCCUUUUUCCACCCUUUCUUGAGCCUUCAAAAGCCCAGAAAAAAAUAAAGAGACUCUUUUGCAACCUUUCUGCGGCCUUUUUUGAGCCUUUCAGCGGCCAUUAUCCACCAGCAGAAGCUCAAAAGUUCUUUUCUUCUGAAGACCUCUUCAUUCCAGAUCAAAAUCUUUUCGAACUCUCGGAGCUGCGAUUUUCUUUUUUCGAUUUUUACUGCGGGAUUCCUCACCGAAGUGAUCACUCAGGCGCACGACAAUGAACACGGACUCCAGGUUCUUCGGUCCAUUUUUUCCCCACUUCAAGAAAUUUAGGAACAUGUGCCGAUGCGAACCGCGGAACUUCUCUCGCAAAUUCCGCUGAUGGUUCUGAUGAACACGCUGAACACUCGCGGCGACCUGUUCCCUCCCAAAUCAGUGCGCUCUCUUCCCAUCGAGCAGCUUGUCGGUUUCUUUUCUUCUCUCCUUAGGGCUAGACAAAUUUGAAGAGAAAAAAAGUAUUCAUUAGUAAUAUUCUACAUAUAUUUUAUUCAAAGUUCUGUGAACCGUAAUAUAAUGGCUAAAAAUUAAAGCAAAAAAAGUACGGAGUAAGUUUUUUCAAAAGAGUAUCUAACAUUAGAGAAAAUAUGCCUGAGAUUCAUAUUAGCCAAUAGAUUCAGUUACUGAACUGUAAUUGAUAAGUGAGGUUCAAAAAAGUGUACAAAGUUAAACCCCCACAAUUUCCCUUUGAGGCUUGGAAUUUUCUACAAGUUUGCUCAAAUAAUCUUCGAAAGUUUUUAUGAAGUUCCGUCAAAGUCGCAACCCGGGCCAGCUUCUAGUUUUCGAGGUACAUAUUUAUGAAGGGCGAAUAAUGAGGCCCCAACUUUGAAAAAUCAUAACUCAAUAACUAGAAUUUUGCGCAGGAAGCGACUUUGAGGAAUUUUCAUCUAGACCUUCAGAGAGUGUUUGAGCGAAUUUGUAGAAAAUUCCAACGUAAAAUUACCUUUCUUGUGAGAAAAGUUUGAUUUUCAGCCGUUGGAAAUCAGAGCGGCGAGAGACCAGUUCGCAGGGGAGUUCCGACGGUACCUGGAAGUUGUCACGAAGUUUGAGAGUAGAGACUUCUUUUCAUUAUUUUAUUCCGCAGAUGGCUUGGAAAAGCUCGUCAAGUUCUUUUCGAAAACAAGGAUUAUUUGAGAGCCUAUGACAUGCUGCUUUAUCUCGAGAAGGUGCGAAAAUUCAAGCUCGCCGACUAUUUUUGGUAUUUUAGCGGCGAGAGCUCUACACGGCCAUUGAUUUUGCUGUGGUUAACGACGGAGAUUUCGGCAACUGUCUCCGUAUUUUUGGCGAGUGCGGAAUGACCGAAGAAACUGUCUGGAAUGUUCGUUUUGUUUCUUUUUUAGGGUCGUCAAGUUCUUUUUGUAUAGUAGAAAAGCCCUUUUUUGAGUUUAAGAAUACUAGGCAUGGUUUCAGCGGUUUUUCGUGGCUCUCCUCAAAUCAAUCAAUCAAAUCAUUUAUUUUGUUGUUUUAGUCUGAUGUAAUCGACUAGGCGGUGAACAAGAACUUUGAAAGCUUUAACGAACAACCGCCUUUGGCGAGCUAGAAGUCCAAACGUGUAGUCGAAAGAGUUGAAAGCAUGGUCUUACGGUCCUUCGCCUCGUCCUUCUGCGCGUAGUCCAUCCAGUUGCGCCUUGACGAGCUCAGAAUGUAGCAGAUCUUGUGCUGGAGCCCGGAGUCCGUGCUCUAGGUGGAAGCCUCAGAAUGAGAGCGACCACUUCGAGUGAAGAUUUUACACGGAAGACCAUGCUUUCAACUCUUCCUCAUUUAUUUUUCCAUAUACAGUACCGUCAGAAAAGAACAGGCUUUUUUGUAAGGAGUUCAAUCAUUCUUAAACUUUCUGGAGUUAUGAUGACUCUUAUUUUGAACACCCUGAUGAAAUUUCAGUUCACAAAAACACAGCUUCAGAAACUUAAAUAAAAAAAAAAAAAUUUCGCUAUAAACGUUGUUUCCGAUUUAUAAAGCUUUAAAGUUCCCAAAAAAUUCAAAAAAAAAACGUUAUUAUAAGCUUUUGGACCGUCCUAACCCAAAAACCAGAACUAUUGCGAAAAAUUUUUCUCUUGAACCAGGAAUUUCCAAAAAUGUUCCAUCAAAGUUCGAUCAAAAAUUCAACUAGAGGCAAAAAAUCGUUCCCCAGUAAUUCUGCAAUACAGAAAAGGCCGCUUUUUAGGAGAUUUCUCGGAACUAUUCCAUUUACUAACUCUCUGAAAAAAUGAAGAUUUUCAGCUGCUUGGCACUUCUUAUUGUCCGAUCUCGAGCGAAGAGGCUCUGAACAUUUUGUGGCAGCUGACCGACCGAUGCGCUUCCAAUCAUCGAACAAUGAGUUUCUUUUUUCCCGUCUCUUUUCGAUAAGAAUACUUCCGUAGAUCCCCUUUUGGACUUGGAAAACCCUGUCAAGCUCAUAGAACGUCUUUUCGAUGCGUGCGCUUAUUCUCUGCCCAUUCAGGAAAGGUUUUCUUCCUUGAUUGUACUCAUUUUCCAAGUUUCCGCUUUCAGAAAAAGCUUUUCUCGACAAAUAGCCAAACGGCAACUUUAUUGGACUGCUUGGCAAAUAGCGCUGAUGUGGACAGCAGGAGGUUGGGAUAUCUCAGGAUUUAUGGAAUAUUCUUGAUUUAGGCGGUACAUUUAAUGAAUUUGAGGAAGUUUACCACACUUUUCCCACUUUAAGAUACCUUUUCCAUGCGAUUAUGAUAAGGUACGCUCUUGAGGGAAGUUUCUGAGGUAAAAUUCGCAGAAAUGGUUCAUUCUGUGGUAGAAAAAAGAAAUGUACAGUUAAAACUCAAAAACUAUUUCUCUUUGGGUUUUUUUGUCGCAAAAGUUUCUUUCCCGUGUUUCUUAUGAUAAAGUGAAUGACAGUAGACGUUUUAGAAAUCGAAAAAAAUUAGAUUUUAAGCCUUUUCAGUACGUUUUCGAUAGGCUAUUUCUCAGUACCCUCUGACGGUCAAAAAAUUUUUUUUUUAUUUUCGAGUACUCUUACUUAGGACUAUCUACCACAGAAGUUUGAACCAGGUCUGCAAUGCUCACCUCACACAAUUUUCUUGUGAGUUCCUUCAGAGCUAUCAUUUUUCUUUUUUGAGAAAAUUUGAAUUCCCGAUGCGGUUUGAGAAACGUGCCGCUGGAGAGUUACUCGGUUCGUAUUCCAAGUUGAAAAAAACGGAAGAAGAGGUAACAAAUGAGAAUAUUCUUAACACAGUUUUUUUUUCUAGGCUAUUGAGGAACAUUUGGCUGUGCUGAAGAAGAGCGGCAUACCUUUUGCGAGCAACUUUUCCGAAAUUAUGACGAUUCUUGCACCGAAGUUGGUCCGAUCGGCGAUAACCUUUAAGAUUGUGUCUGUUGAGGGACGUCGUACAGCCCCCCGAGAACUUCGCAGACAUCCGUUCUUUGGCGGAGCGCCAUUGCUUCGCCGCUCAACUGAGCCGUUGCUCCAAGCCACCGCUGCUCGACCUUCUGGUGAACCAGGUCGGGCCAGAACUCGCGAUGCCUUCCAUCAAGGUGAGUAUACGGAAAGUUCGAGGUUUUAUACUCGAGUCAGGAGCUCCUCACCAUGGAUCCGACAGCCGUCGAAUCUCUCUCCGGAAGCUGUCUCAGUCAUGCUCUUUUGCACUACGUAGGCGUCGGUAACGACCAGAACAACGCCGUCCGAUCAGCGGUAAUGGCGACUUUUCUUUGUUAAAAGAAAAACCCGCAGAAAUCGAUUCUAUUCAAGUUUAUUGAUGAAUCUGAAUCGUUAAAGAAAAAAAGUCUUUCAUUAUCGAAUUUAUAAGUAACCAAGUUAUAAUAAAGAAAUAUCGAAAAAGGGCUGAAAAAAGAAAUCGAUCUUUGAUUUUCAUCAAAAAUGAGUACUGGUUUGAUCAUUCCGCUCUUUACAGUUGUUCAAAGUUUUGUCUGAAAUUGAUGGUUUUUUUUUUUCUGAAGAUGACUUUUAUUGAGUAAUGCCGUGCUCAAAGUAAUUUCAGCGAAAUGCAAAGUUAUUUCUGCCUCUUCAAAAUUUAGGUAUCUCUUUCUUUCUCUGACGGCUAUUUUGCAUUUCGCGGAAUCACUUUGAACACGGCAAUAGAAAGUCAUCAGAAGAAUUUCCGGUUACAGCUGCUUGCUCGAGCCAACCAUCACCUAACAAGCUCAAAAGCAGUCGAAGACGACGUUUUUCUGAAAACAAUCAUCGGAAAGCUGGCCUCUGGCGACGCCCGAAGUCGUCAUGCUGCAGUUCUGAUUCUCAACGAAGUAUUUUCUGAGGUAUCAUCGUUUUUUUCUUACUUUUCUGAUGAGAAAAAAAAUUAGCCAAGUCGUCCUGAGAGCCCUGUGAAGUCCUCCUUUGACAUUGAGAAGAUCGCGCUCCUGCCACGCGUCGUCGCCAACAAAGAACUAUUCCUGAAGACCCUGGCAGAGGCCGUGCUCGUCGAAUGCGACGCCUUCACUGCCAGCCAAUAUCUGCAGUUUGUUUCACGGGCCAUAGACCUGGACACUAUGCACGACGUUUGUGGCGAAUCUCGGAUCGUUUCCAGAAAUCUUUUCCAGGUUGCCGCGCUCGUAGCAAAACUAGUUGCGAGGGACAGGUUCUGCCUGCGCAACGGCAUCUGCGAGUUCUACGUCAGAUAUCUCGACCUCGCCGACUCCAACUUUUCGUUGACCCAACCAAGCGAGGCGCUUACAUUGGGAAAAGACUUUUGCGCGGUUCAAUUUGGCGGAAAAGUCGUCCGGAUCGUGAGUUUACCUGGAAGACGUUUCACAUACUCAUUUUUCAGAUCAAAUUGCAUCGUUCUGUUCCUUCAGCUGUCCUCAAACUGCUAGCUACAUUUCCACCGAACCCAAACGGAGAUGUUCUCUCGAAUCAUUUCGACAUGCUCGUCGAGGUAUGCCCUUUGAAAAUACAUCUGCAGAGAAUUUUUAAAGGCCGACGUGCCUUGCUCUCAUCUGUUUCUGAAUUAAACUUAAUACUACCUCACUGAGGCUAAAACUGGGGCCAAAACUACCUCCUGGGGUUGAAACUCGAUUUUGUUACUUAUUUUCCGAAAUUCUCGUAAGCCAACCCUUUCUCCCGAGCUGAAUGAGUUCUGUAUUUCCCCAUCUGUCUUCAAAAAAAAAAAACAAAAGUUGCUGAGCCUAUCAAUAUCCUGAAAUGUUCAGCUUUGGCUAAGAAAGGACGCCGUUCCGCAAAUAUAUGGUCGCACGGCUGAUUCCAUCGGUCCCACAGAUGUAUUGAAACUGCCGAUGCGCAAGCUUAUGCUCAGAUCUGCGGAUUCUAGAGUUGUUGAGGUUCCAUGAGCCUUUUCUUGUGACCUUCUUUGUCACUUUUUGAGGCCGCUCUGUGGAAUUUGAAAACGGAAGACGCCUUCGAAUUCGCCUUCAACUCUCAAAUGUCCAACCAAACGGCAAGCAUUGUUUUAGAGAAGGCCGAACUUGUUAGUUGUCUUUUCCGCUAAAUCAGCUCGUGGAGUUUACUUCAGAUGAACGUCGAUGAGUUGGAUUUGAAAAAAGUUCAAAAGCUGUAUCUCAUCGUUAAAGGAUAUCACCUGAAAGGUGUGGUCUCUGGGCAGAAGGUAAUAAAUUCCCCAUUCAUGAGCUCAUAACGUCUUUUUUGCAGUUGUUAGAAAAAGUCACCCAACGCAUGAACGUUUUCAAAGAAAAGUUUGAGAACAAAACUGAGUUUGCAAAGGUCUGUCAAAGACAAUUACGUCAUUAAAAUAAAGGUUAAGGUUGCUCCUUCCAUCGAACCUCCUCCACGGGUAUGUGUGUCUCCUCAAUUCAAUCUCAAAAUGGAGAAAAUGAAUGCAAAAGAAAUCGCGGCUUGGCUGAAAGCAAAUGCAGUGAUGGUUUGUCCAAAGUGUCAUGCAAAUUGGAAAACCGUUUUCAGGGCUCUCAGCAGCAAAACGCGGCUCAGAAAAAGGUUUUCACAGUGCCGAUCGCGUUCAUCAACGGAGUGAUGCAGUCGGAAGAAGCGGCGCUGUUCUGCGUCUCCCAUCUCGAGGCCAACCUCAAGUACUUUCUCGCCCAGCCCGACGCUUUCCAGUCCAUCGUGUCCCUCGUCGACGCUUGCACCAAAAAGGUGAGACCUGCGCUCGGCUUUCAAUCAAGUUAUGAAUCGUUUCAUCGUCAUUCUCGGGUUUAUCGUUUCUCUGUCUUGCACCCGAUUUGAGACCAGGGCGGCCUGGCUGGCCUUGGCGACCUGGCAUUCCUGGCUUUCCGUCUUUUUUGCUGAAAGCUGGAACUUGGAAACAAGACGUGAACUUUAUUGGACACCUGAGAACCUAAGAUUUGUGCAAAGAGCAAUGUCUCUGUUAGCUUUGGAAAAAUUAGAAAAACGCCAUUUUUCGAAAAAAUGGACUCUUCCCUGCAGCCGGUUUUUAAAUGGAUAUAUUUAAUGUAUCAAUCUUUGAAAACUUUGAAUAGUAGAGACCUUUUCAGAUUAUAACCAAAAAUAGAAAAUUGCGCAAUUUUUCAAGUGGCUCUAUAAUUAUGUGGAGAUGGGUACUUAAAAGAAAAGCUCAAUUCUCACUGCGGACUCUUACUCUUCAUUUUUUCAAACUAUAUUGCAAAGUUUCCAUGCGCAUUCGACGACGCUGAACUUGAAAAAAAAAGAAAAAAAUAUCCGAUUUAGCAGAAAAACGCCGUUUUCCAUUUAGCACACAGAAUCAUGGCUUUUACAGUAUGCGAAACUCCGUAUCCGCCUCGAGUCGCUGGCAGUCCGACUUCUGAAAAGUGUCUCGCCGCCGCCAAGCGUCGCCAGCGUACUUCGGAAACACGCCGCUGGAAAAACAGCUGUUACGGCCAAAAAACCUGCACUUGAACCGGUCUGCUCCCAUCUCUAUUUUCUUCAAUUUCAAUUUUUUCUUUUCAGAUCACGUCAGUUUACCAGCUCUCGGGUACGCUGAAGAAAACUCCAAACAAGGAAAAACGGAAAAGGUUAGUUGGAAGUUUUUCUUUUGCUGUUUUGUUUCUUGAAAGAUAAAAAAAAAUCUUACAAAGAAAUCCAUAUCUUCAUCAAAAAAGUUAUUCGGAAUCGAUUGCAAAACGAAUAUUUGGAGAUUCUGAACAUAGUUCGAAGAUGUUAUUUAUAAUUUUGGCUCCUCAAGUUAUAUAAUAUUGGCUCUUCAAAUUUAAAUUUUAUGUAUCGCGUCUCAAAAUGGAUGGCUGAGAUCGUUACCCUUUCCAGCAUUUAUCCCGCCUGCUUUGAACCAAAGAAUGUUUGAAAUUUUGAUUUUGACGCCUUUUCGAGUUUCUAUGUACAAAAAUGAAUCCGAACUCAUUUGAACGUUUUCUUGAGAUCCAGCCAACUAAACUAUGAAACCCCUUUUUGACAUUUCAGCAUGGUUUUUGACUUCAUCAGCUCUUAUUUCAAUGAAAAAGAAGGCGAAUCUUUGGAUGUAUCCGAACUUGUUGUUUUGGUAAGUUCUACACUUGGGACUUUUUUUUAAUGAAAGUUCAGUUGAAUGCACUAGUCGAUGUCUGUGAAGACGUGGAGACGGCGGAGAGAUGUGUUUCUGGACGCUGGUCGAGGGUCCUGCGCCAGGAGAUUUGUUCCCAGCUACUCAAAGAGUUCCAACCAACGUUUGUACAGGCACCCAUGAAACUUAAUUUUUGAAAGAUUCAGAAUGAAAGCUCGCUUAGUUUGUCGCUUCAUCAGCGAGUACUGCUCCUCGCACAAGGCUGGAGCUUUUCGCGAGCUCUUCUUGCUCAAAGAUGGCCCAAGCUCUGCUAAUUCAGUCGGAAAAGCCCCGAUCGUUUUCAAUUCGAAUGCUAUAAUAUCUCUCUCAUUGUACUGCAUUCAAAUGGUUUCGACUCUAUCAACCCGGCAUUUUGAUCGUUUUGUCCCCAGGUCAGAGAUGACGACGAAACGAAGUUGGAGGCGGUGCAAAUGAUAAAUAACAUGGAGAAGUGCUCGACCGUCCACUUCACUGUCGCGUUCUGUCGAGAAUCUGCGACCAUCGUUAGUUCCGAUAAGCCUCUGCCGCUGCGUCAGGCGGCCAAAUCGUUGCUCGUUUCAUUGCAAACCGAGUUCCCUUGUAAAUUGUCGGCUUCUUCUCUCAAUUUUACCCACCCCUUUCCAGACGUGAAGUAUGACGAGACUGCAACUGGUGGAAUCCGUGUCUGCGCUCCAAUCGAAACUCGCGAGGCGUGUCACCGUCGCUGCGAGUGUUUGGUGGGCAAGUUCAUCGAGAUGGGACAGGAAGAGACGUUAUUUGUGAGUCUCUCAAGCUGAGAAGGCUUCACGAAACUGAUCAAGGAAGAAGACGUUUGCGAAGACGACGACGCCACCGACGAACCUGAAACUUCGGAGAAGGAGAAAAUGGAGGAAGCAACGAGAGGAGACUCGCGGAAGCGACCAGCCAAAGAACGUUUUGAGCAAGGCCGCGACCACAAGCGUCCGAAGUUGCAGCCACCCGAGGUCUUUCUUUUUUCGAAGUUGUAAUUUUUAGCACCGCGCCUCUGCUAAGCCUUUCAAGAACUAAAACGCAACGCUUUUCAGGAAGAAGGAGAUCUUUCGGAAGAUACGACAAUUACGCUAUUAUACACCGUUCUGCGCAACCAUCCGGACGUUUUGAAAACGUGAGCGAUAGGCAUUUGUCUUCAAAUUUUUUUUUCCAGUAAGUUCCCUGUUCUUUCGCAUUUCGUUUCUCAGCUGUCUGCCAUGAAUCGUCGACAACUGAAGGUGAUUCCUUUUUUGUGCUCAUUUUAGAUGUAUCUUAGGCGAAACGUAGGGUUGAAAAAGUCGUCUUGGUGAUGAAAGCCGUGCAAACGCUCGUUGCUGAAAUGAGCAUCGAGGAGCUGAUGAGUGUGGAAGCGGCGCUUAUUCACUGCCUCGAGUUUUACCAGGUAAUGUAAGCUAUCUCUCUCCUCUCUUUCGAGUGUCUGCGUCUCUCUGUUCCCUCACCGGCGAGUCAGAGUAAUAUGAAAAUAGCACGUAAAAAUGACGAGAGACGAGGAGGGCGCAGAGAAGUCCCGCCUUUUCAAUUCACGAAAAACGGACCAUACAACAGAUGAUUUGAAGACGCACAUAGAGGACGGACUCGUCAACGUGAGGGAGCAAGUCAUCUUCGGCGACUCUUUGCUUCGCGCCUUUGUCUCCUACCUGCGCAGAAACGCCGGAGAUGUCGUACGCCUCAAAUUUCCAUCAUUCAUGUAUCUUUUUCAGGCCCGCGUUCUACUGCGCGAGAACCGCGCAGCUGUUGAAAGGCUCUGCAAACGAUCUUCAGACCGUCUAGACGUCGAAUUCGUCCUCGACAACAUGCGAUAA